UAUGCUAGAGCCGCAUUUUUUCUUCGUAGCUUGAGCUUCAUUAGCCAGUUAGCAAGCCAACUGGACUACCUAGCUAUUUGGGACUGGUAGGAAGCACUCAGCGGUGGCGGAGAAAGGGGACCUCAGCGCCGCUUCGAAAUGGCCGGACAACAGUUCCAGUACGACGACAGCGGCAACACAUUCUUCUACUUCCUAACGUCCUUCGUUGGACUUAUUGUUAUCCCAGCCACAUACUACCUCUGGCCGCGGGACCAGAAUGCGGAACAACUGCGGUUGAAAUCUUUGAGGCGGGUACACGGACGAUGCCUUUGGUACCGCCUCCGGGUGAUGAAGUCACAGCAGAGCAUCAUCCCUACACUAAAAAAAGUGGUAUUGCUGCUGGGCUGGGCUGUCUUCCUCUUGCUGGCAUAUAAAGUGUCUAAUCUGGAGCGGGAGUACCAUGAAUACAACCCCUUUGAGAUCCUGAAGCUGGACCCGAGUGCGUCCAUGGGUGAGAUUAAGAAGCAGUACAGGGUGUUGUCUCUGAAACAUCACCCUGACAAAGGAGGAGACGCCGCCACAUUCAUGAAGAUCUCCAAAGCCUACUUGGCGUUAACUAAUGAAGAGGCACGACGAAAUUGGAAAGAAUACGGGAACCCAGACGGCCCAAGAGCGUACACCUUUGGUAUUGCUUUACCAGCCUGGAUUGUCGAUCAGAAGAACUCUAUGCUGGUGUUGCUUGUGUAUGGGCUGGCCUUCAUGGUCAUUCUGCCGGUUGUUGUGGGGACGUGGUGGUAUCGGUCCAUCCGUUACAGUGGAGAUCAGAUCCUUAUCAACACCACGCAGCUUUUUAUGCACUUCAUGUACAAAACACCUAAUAUGAACAUGAAACGGUUGGAGAUGGUUCUCACAGCUGCGUUUGAGUUUGACCCUCGCAGCAACAAAGAAGCAGUCAGCAGACCCACUGACAACAUCGAAGUCCCACAGAUGAUCCGUGAGCUGGGGAGUGUGAUCAACGUGAAGAAGAAGGAGCCUCCGUUCUGCUACCCAUACAGCCUGAAGGCCCGUGUGCUUAUGCUCGCCCAGCUGGCUCGCAUGGAGGUGUCCGAGGACAUUGAGGAAGACCAACGGUUUGUGGUGAGGAAGUGUCCUGCCCUGCUACAGGAGAUGAUCAACGUGGGCUGCCAGCUGACCAUGAUGGCCAACAGUAGAGGAGGUGUGCAUGCUCCUCGGCUGGUGUCCAUAGAGAACUGUAUGAAGCUGUCCCAGAUGGUCGUUCAGGGCUUACAAGAGGCCAAGUCCCCGCUGCUGCAGCUGCCUCACUUUGAGGAAGAGCACCUACGCUACUGCAUAUCUAAGAAGUAUAAGGUGCGCAGCCUGCAGGAUCUGGUCAGCAUGAAGGACUCGGAGCGCAGGAACAUGCUCCGUUUCCUGGGCGAGGAGAAGUACGACGAGGUCCUGUCUGUCCUGGGCAGCUUUCCCCACGUCACCAUGGAAACCAAACUCCAGGUUCUGGAUGAUGAGGACAGCAGUAACAUCACAGCAGGUUCCAUCGUUACGGUGACCGUAACCUUGACGAGGAAAAAGAUGUCGGAGAUGUUUGAGAAGGAGCAGGCCACACAGCCAAUGGCAACAGAAGAGGCAUCUCAAGAGGAUGCACAGGGCGACGCCAGCAAAAACAAAAGUGUCAAAGUUUGGCAGAACAAGAACAAAAGCACAAAGAAAGCAGCCAAAUCCAAAAAGAGGAAGCCAGCGCCCAAGAAGAAGCCUGCACCUCCUCACCAAGCUAAGGGGGACAAGCCCAAACAGGCCAAUGGGAACGUAGCAGGAAACGAGAUGGCACUUCCGAAGGAGGAAGAGGAGGCGGGCUCAGACAAGGGCAGCGAAUCAGACGAGGGCGAGGGCAACAAGGACUCAGGCAGCGAGAGGGAAGACGAGAGCGACAAACAGAGCGACACUGAGGCUGACGAGAUCGCCGGCGACGACGAAGAGGAGUGGGAGGCUCUGCAGCAGAGCAUCCAGAGGCGGGAGAGGGCCCUGCUGGAGACCAAGUCCAAGGUGACGCACCCGGUCUACAGCCUGUUCUUCCCCGAGGAGAAGCAGGAGUGGUGGUGGCUCUACAUCGCCGACCGCCGAGACCAAACACUCGUGUCCAUGCCCUACCACGUCUGCACCCUCAAAGACACCGAGGAGGUCGAGAUGAAGUUUCCGGCACCUUCUAAAACGGGGAACUAUCAGUACUCUGUCAUCCUGAGAUCGGACUCCUACAUGGGCUUAGACCAGAUCAAACCACUCAAGUUGGAAGUUCAUGAGGCAAAGGCCAUGGUGGACAACCACCCCCAGUGGGACAUCCCGGACACGGAGGAGGAGGAGGAGCCGGACGACAGCGACGGCAUCGAGGAGAGCGAAGAGGAAGAGGAGGACAAUGACUAAACACAUAGACCCACACACACACACACGCGCGCACACACAGAGAUGUGUUCAGAGACGCAUGUCUUUGGAAGCGUACAGAACUAAUCCUGCCAUUAGUCACACACACUCGCACACAUACAUACAUACACACAUACACAUACAUAUGUACACACCAGACACACAUUGUGUGUCAAGGAUACAGACUGCUUUUGUAUAUUCACACAUUGGCUGACGUGCUCCAACCCCACUUACACACACACACACAAACACAGACACACGCACGCACGCACAGAACGUCACCAAUACAAAAUGAACUCAAAGCCUCCCAACAUGCUCUUCUUCUGAAAGCCUGGAGUGUCCAUUCCUUCCUCCACAUCACAAACCACGCCCACCUUAGACGCUCCCACCUUACUACCUGACACCACGCACACACACAUACACACACACACCAUCCAACAACUACUCGACCAAGGAACUGGACUUGUUUUGAUAAGAUCCACAGUAAUGGCCUCACAGCCAGACACUAACACACUCACACACACACACACACACACACACACACUGACAGACAUGUCUCCAAUAAACACCUCAUCAGUAGCCCAGCUGGAGUCUCCGUUUGAGCCUUUGGGUGCAUACAGGAUGGCCAUUUCUGACCUUAAUUAGAGCUUUCUCAUUCGCCAUCUACUUGUGUGUGUGUGUGUGUGUGUGUGUGUAUGUGUGUGUGUGCGCUUGCGUGCGUGCUGGUGAAAGUUGUUUGGGGAAUAUGUUUGCUUGUAGGGCAUUUUCUCACUUUCUUUUUCACUCUCCCUCUUCUGUGUGUGAGGGGAUGUGUGUGUGGGCGGGGGGGGGGGGGAGAAUGCUGAGGCAAGCUCUGAAGGGGAUGUGUGUCUCCCCUCCAUGUGUGUGUGUUUGCUUCUGCAGACAUCUUUGUGCGUUUUAGUUGGUAACGACCACCUAAUGACUGCAGUGGUUUAUAGUUAUGGUCAUUCAGAGUAGACGGAUUCUCAUAAAUGAGUCCCUCUGUGUGCGUGGGAGUGUUUUUUUGUGUGUGUGUGUGUGUGUGUGUGUGUGUUAGGGGGAUUAUAAAAGGCUCUCACUCUGCACAAAGCAUACCUAAGCUUUGUGCGGCACAGACUUUGUCAACAUAUCUCUUUACACCGCUAUUUGUUUGUUUUUCUCUACCACCACUUCACACAACAUUGGCGGAGACUGCGUGGCUGGUCAGCGAGACCUCUGGAGCCCAGUCUGUGGUCCGUCGGGAUAGGUCCAAGCUGGACGCCCCCGGUGGAGCGGCGGAGCUUAACUGUAGUGUAUUGAGUCGGGGUUGUGUCCGGUAAUCGUUUCUUCUCUUGGGGAGGGAACGUGGUGUCGGUGUAGAGCAUGAUGAUCAGUGAAUGUAGAGUGGAGGCAGAGAAAGGGACGUUGGCGUCAGAGAUUUUAUUUUUUUUAGUUUUGUUGUCGUUUAUUUGUCUUUCAUCCGUGUGCUCUCUUCAUUCUGUUUCUCUCUUUCAGUUCAGUCUCUCGUUCACAUUCCAUAUCCCCCCCCCCCCCUAAACUGAGGCCUUACUCUUCCUUUGUGUUGUGUGCAGCUGGGGAGCGAAUUUGCAGCAGAAUUUGGGAUUUUAUUUUCCGUUAUUGUCUCCGACACUUCUCUCUUCUCUCAGUUGUGUGUGUGUGUGUGUGUGUGUGUGUGUGUGUGUGUGUGUGUGUGUGUGUGUCUAUCUGAGAUCUUUGCAGCACCACACUUGUAGUAGUCAGUUAGUACAUUUGCACUGACCUGUCUAUUGCGAUUAUGAUUGGAGUCUUAGCCCAAUCGGACUAAACAUCAUUCAGAUAAACUGAAUUGAAACACUUUGAUGGGGACAAAACCCCAUGAUCCGAUUGGAAGUACAAAGAAAGCUCCAAUUGAACAGAUAUGUCCAGACUCCCAUCAGAUUUCCGUUUUUUCCCAAUAUGAUCAAACAUCUAUUUUGGCGGAAACCGUUAACACUUAUACUACCACUGUGAUUGUCUUUAACAUCUCGUCCACAGCUUUGCCAAUUAUGACGCCGUCUUCUAAGAUCUAAAACCAAGGUCACAUAUGCGCAUCUGCGCCAAACAGAAUGAGAUGUGCACGUCACAUGGCUAUUCCGAUCAGAAUGAUCGGAUCAUUAGAUUAUUAUGCCAUGCAAGCAGUAGGUGGGAUGUCUUUAGUCAGAAUGGUUUAAAUUUGACUGAGCAUAAAUUGUGCAUCUCACUUGGGACAAACGCGUCUGUCAAAUACCAUAACCAUAAACAAGGCUAGUGUUGUUUGGCUUGGACUGUAUUGGGAAAGCCUAGAGGCGUUUUAGUGUGUGUGUGUGUGUGUGUGUGUGUGUGUGUGUGUGUGUGUGUGUGUGUGUGUGUACACCAUGGAGGUAUUUUUAUACAGUACUGCAGAGAAUGAGGAAGUACCACCCCAUGUUUUCCCUAUGGUUGAUAGGCUAGCUAAUUCAGCCACAAAUGUGCUCUCCUCUGCCCACUGAGUGUCUGAACUUUGACCCCCUGGUGUUUACUUUCUCUGUACAUUUCCCCCAAUCUCUGACCUGACUGGCCCAUAUAUCUUUCUUUGAUUGGUCCUUAUAGUUCAGUUUCAUGAGAACCCUGUAGUGUGAAAAGGCAGUGAUGAUGUGUGCAGAGCCAAUAGGAAACAGAGUUCCUCUCUCUGAUUGGCUGAGAAGUGAAUUUUCUUCUUGGUUUCCUCCUCCCAAUCGAAAUGAAUCAAUUCAUCUUUGUCGAAUGUUCCCUCAAGGUGGAGGCUGUUAACUUCCAGAUUUCGGCCUGACCACUUUGUUUUCUUAAUUUCUUCAUCUCCACAGCAAUUAUUAAAAUGGCCCCUUUCUCAUGCCACUUGCCCCAACACCUCACCACGUCAUGAGAAGCUUGAACACACACACACACACACACACACACACACACACACACACACACACUGAAUUGUAUCCCUCCAAUGUCUGAGACGGGACUAAAAAUGACCGGCUCCCCUAGCUUGAAAGGACGUAAACAGACUCUUUCAACUAAACCACCAUUUCAUCCAAUAAAAUCUCAAAUCUUCUGUUUUUUAUUUGUUGUUUUUUUUUUACCACUUUCAAUCUUCUGGAAAAAAAAUAUCCAGGAUUCUCUUGCUGAAUCCUACAGGCUUAUGUAUGUAUUUUAUAGAUCUUUAUGGAGGAAAUGCCUAAAAAACAUUUUGGUAGAUGAAAACAAAACGUCAAACUCUUAGAUAGGUUUUUCUGUUUUUGUUUGUUUGUUUGUUUAUCAUUUUCCUUUAUUUUUAGAGUAACACUUUCUGUAAAGGAGCAGAAGGUUCUAAUCCGGCUGCAUAUUAUCACAGUAUGUUCCGCACACACACACACAUACAGUACAUAUCCAGCAAACAGGUCUACACAGGUUUUGUCCUGGCUGGAUUUUAUAGUGUUAUUGAUUCAAAAACAGAAUGUAGCAUCAUCUUCAAGGAACUACAAGCUACACAAUAGUCCCCAGAAUACCAGUGGGAAAAACCCUGCUGCAACCUUAGCCUUCAUACACAUACACACACAGAAAAACACACACACUCUUACCGAGGCCGGAGAAGAAUCCAGUUACCCAGUAAUAACAAUGUCUGCCACUUUUGUUUACAACAAAACUGUUAUUGUAAAUGGAAAUAAAUAUAUUAUUUGUAUUUAAAUCAUUUCAAAUAAAAACUUUUAAAAUUA